AAAGAAUUUUAAAGAAUUUUUUCCUUGUUGGUUUUUUGGCCAGACUCGCCCAGACUCGUAUGCCUUAAAACAUUUCGAGUACCCCCAAGGGGUAAGCGUACCACAGUUUGAGAAUUCCUGCUAUAAUAUAUUUAUAUAUCCCGAAACCGCGGAACCACAAAACCACAAAAACGGCAACACCCAUAGAGUAAUAUAACUAUGGCAACACCGAAAUUCGUUAUCGGCUAUCACGUUUGAUAACACUGCCUGUGAAAUGUAAACAAAGAUGAUGUGUUUGCCGCUACAACACCGUUUUACCGCGUAAAAUCGUACCGAGGUCUUUGUGAAACGUGUGCGCGUGCGGGUGAGCGAAUUUUUGCCUCCAAAUCCACGGCAAACGUCUACUACCAUACUACCACCGUAUUGUCCAGACCACACGUAUCGUUUCCACUCGUCUACUCCUGUCCGCCCGCAUCGUACUUCGUAAUUCCUUGUCAUUUCGCGUUUGACGUCUGCCACUCGUCCACUGCUACUGCUACACCUCUCCGUGCUUGCCGACUUCAAUAAUACGUUCUUUGAUCGACAAUCGACGACAAUAAUAUUAACACAAUGAUGACGAUGAACAAGGAAAACGUAAUGGACAACUCGCAACAGCCACAGAUGACAAAUAAAAAUUUUUUGGAAUCUGUGACUACAUAUAGAGCAAAUUUUGAUGCCUCAAUCGAACCCUUAUUGAAAGAUAAUCCAAGACGUUUUGUCAUAUUUCCUAUAAUAUAUGAUGAUAUUUGGGCCAUGUAUAAAAAACAAGAAGCGUCUUUUUGGAAUGUUGAAGAAGUCAAUUUGAAAAAUGAUCUUGAUGAUUGGAAUAGAUUGACUGAUGAUGAACGUCACUUUAUAUCCCACGUAUUAGCAUUUUUUGCUGCUUCAGAUGGUAUUGUCAAUGAAAAUCUUGUUGAACGAUUUUCUCAAGAAGUUCAAGUGACGGAGGCUAGAUGUUUUUAUGGGUUUCAAAUAAUGAUGGAGAAUAUACAUUCAGAAAUGUAUAGUUUAUUAAUUGAUACAUACAUUCAGGACCCAAAAGAAAAAGACUUUUUAUUUAAUGCUAUUGAAACCAUGCCGUGUGUAAAAAAAAAGGCAGAUUGGGCUCUGAAGUGGAUAAGCGAUAGUAAAGCGACUUUUGGUGAAAGAUUAGUUGCAUUUGCUGCCGUUGAAGGUAUAUUUUUCUCUGGAAGUUUUGCUGCAUUAUUUUGGAUGAAGAAACGAGGAUUAAUGCCAGGUUUAACUUUCAGCAAUGAGCUGAUUUCUAGAGAUGAGGGUUUACACACAGAUUUUGCCUGUCUCCUAUUUAAACACUUAGAACAAAAGCCACCUCAAGCUGUUAUCACACAUAUAAUUUGUGAAGCAGUGACUAUUGAACAAGAUUUUUUGACAAAUGCUUUACCUGUUAGAAUGCUUGGCAUGAGCUGUGAAAGAAUGGCCAUAUAUAUUGAAUUUGUUGCUGAUAGGCUGUUGACUGAAUUGGGGUGUCCUACAGUUUACAGAUCGUCAAACCCAUUCCCAUUUAUGGAACUUAUAUCUCAACAAGGAAAGACAAACUUUUUUGAAAAAAGAGUAGGUGACUACCAAAAAGCCUCGGUGGCUGUUGUUACUGAAACUACUCAAUUAUCGACGAUGGAAAUAACUAGUGAUGACUUUUAAAUUAGGUUUAUUCUAAUAGUGGCAGUAUUUCCUUUUAUUUGUGUACUUAUUUAUCCUGUUUCCUCACACCACCCAUCAGAGGGUAAUUAGUUACUUUAUUUAACCAAAAAGCACUACAUGCACUCUGAAUUAUUUUUGUGAAUAUAAUUAUUUUAUCAAUGACUUUAUAAUUAUAAGAAAACUUUAUUUUUAAAUUUUAUAGUAAAAAGAGAAGUAUUUAAAAUCUUAAUUAAUUAUUAUAUCAUACUUUUCAUAUUUGUCAUAUUUAUAGUUUAAUUGUAAUUUAAAAUUUAGAAAUAUAUGACUAAGUGUUGUAAUUUAUUAUUAUACUUGAUAUUAUAUGUAAAAUUUUCCGAUAGCAGCAGUUAUAUGUACAUACUAAAUAGGAAGUUCUCACUCGGUAGGAGCAAUCAAAUUAAUCUCUGUUCUAAGUUAAAUUUAAUACUUAAAAGCCUACAUUUCAAUGAUUUACUUUGUCAUUUAGCUGUACGGAAAAUUAAUUAGAAAGUCAGUAGCUGUAAUUUGGAAUAUAAUGCAGUUUUUUCAAAGUAAUAA